CUCAAAGUGGGAAAGGAAGGGAAGAAAGAAAGAAAGAAAGAAAGAAAGAAAGACAACAGAGGGAGGAAUCACAGAAUUCUGUAUAAUGUAAAGUUUUCAGUCACAGUUUGACCAAAAAGCGGAACUCACGUGGCAAGAUUGAACUUCCUCUUGCCCUGCAGUCAACUAUCGCAUGCCUUUCUAGACCUCCCUUUACCAGAAUGCAACAUAGAUCUUGCACCAGAGGCAACCACUGGGGUUUUUUUUUUCAAUUUCACUUCCUUCUCCUGCUGUGUGUUGAUUUGCUCGUUCUCCAAGGAUCUUACAUGACAAGCAACAGUUUAUCUCCUGGAUUCUCUCUCUCUGUUUCCUGCUUAUUUCUUUGUCUUUCCCCAUGUUGAGAGCUUGAAGAUGCCCGGGGGUGGUGUCCUCUACCCACAGAUGUUCUUCCCUUUGCUGGUGCUGUUCUGGUCCCAGUGGAGAACCAGAGGCCUCAUUCCCUGUGUGGAGGUGAUCCCAGGUAGCAUAUACAGAUGCAUGGAGUUGAACCUCAGUGGAAUCCCACCAGGCAUUCCAAACACUACUGAAAACUUGGAUCUAAGCUUCAACCUGCUAAAGAAUUUGACUUUCAAUUAUUUCUCACUCGUCCCUGCACUGAGAUUCCUGGACCUCACCAGGUGUGGCAUCCAGCGAAUUGAAGACAAUGCUUUUAUGGGUCUCUAUAACCUUUCAGUCUUGAUCCUGACUGCCAAUCCUAUCCAGUUCUUGGGUCCAAGAGCAUUUCAUGACCUGAUGUCCUUACAAAAGCUAAUCGCUGUAGAAACGAACAUAUCCCGGUUGGACAGCUUGCCCAUUGGACAUUUGACCGCUCUCCAAGAGCUAAAUCUGAGCAACAAUCACAUAAAUUCCUUGAGGCUUCCAGAAUACUUCUCUCAACUAAUAGCUCUCCGGUUUAUGAGCUUCCAAUCUAACAAGAUCUCGGCUAUUUCUGCAGGAGACCUUGAUGGCUUUCAGAGCAGGAACCUUACACUAGUGCUGUCCAAGAAUAUCAUUAAAUACAUUGAACUAAACAGUUUUUCGGGGGUUUAUUUUCAAGAACUAUCCUUGAGAGGCUGCUUUGAGACCAGUGCCCAUAUGCAAACCAGCCUCCAGAAUCUGUCUGGCUUGCACGCCAACCGCCUAGUGUUAGGAGCUUAUAGGAAUGCUGACAGGCUGGAGGACUUCAGCAAAGAUCAUUUGGAUGGACUCUGCCAUAUGUGCUUGCAGGAGAUUGCUCUCGUGCAAAUAUCUAGCCUUUACCGUACUGACAGCCUCUCCGAUUGCUUGAACAACAUCCACUCAGUGAGGCUGGUGAACACCGACAUCGAACAAGUGUCACCGUUCCCAGAAAACUCCAGCAUACAUCACCUUGAGAUCAAGAACUGCAGAUUGAGAGGUGUCCCUGCUGAGAGCCUGUCUUCUUUGAAAGAGCUAAGAGUGCUCCGGAUCACCAAGAGCGGCAGAUUCCUCACUCGAUUUGCAGAGGACUUCAAUGGUCCACCAAACCUUGAGAUCCUGGACCUCAGUGAGAAUAGCCUUGUCGUCUCCUUUGCGUGGUCCUCCCUCAUGGAAGGGCUUCCCAAUUUGAAACAUCUGAAUCUUAGCUUCAACUCUAAAAUUACAUUCCCCCCAGAGUGUUCUGGGGUCUCCAAACUAGAAUAUUUGGAUUUGCGACAUACAAACCUUGGCAAUACAGGAGCCUUGCCCUCUUUCUUGUGCCUUGGAAACCUCGUCUACCUUGACAUUUCUCACACCCGUAUCCACAUAGUAACGGAAUGCUCCUUUUGUGGCUUGGACAACCUGAGAGUUCUAAAAAUGGCUGGUAACACCUUUGAGGGCCACGAAUUGGCAGGCAACUUCAAGAACCUCACCAAGCUACACAUUUUGGAUAUUUCCAGUUGCCAAGUCAAGCAUGUCACACCCGUUGCCUUAGCUCACCUCCGUGAUCUCCGUGAACUCAACAUCAGCCAUAACAACUUACUAAGCCUCGAUGCGGAAUUCUUUAUGCAUCUUCGUGCCCUCACCACGUUGGAUCUUCACAGCAAUCAGUUGGCUACUUUGACAGAGCAGGUUCUUGAGAACUUGCCCACUAGUCUGAAGUACCUGGAUCUCUCUUGGAAUCUUUUCGAUUGUUCCUGUGUUCAUUUGGUUUUUUUAAGGUGGACGAAAAAGCAGAAGGAUCUCCUUCAGCAUGUCAGAUACAUGGUUUGCCAUAGCCCUGUGGACUUGAAGGAUACUCACCUGAUUAAUUUUGACCUAUCUUAUUGUCAAGUCAGUAAAACCACAGUAGCUGUUUCAGUUACCACCUUCCUGGUUCUGGUCUUAUUUGUGGUCCUGGUUUAUAAGUAUUAUUUCUAUCUGUAUUAUAUGGUGGUGUUGCUCAGUAGAGACCAAGUUUCAACUGAGAAGGAAAACAUCUAUGACGCCUUUGUCAUCUACUCCAGCGAGGACCAGGAAUGGGUGACACGGGAGCUGGAGGAGACGCUAGAGGUUGGAGUGCCUCGCUUUCGCCUCUGUCUCUACUAUCGUGACUUUGUUCCUGGAGUUUCCAUCAUCACCAACAUUAUCAAGGAGGGCUUCCAGAGCAGCCGCAAGGUCAUUGCGGUAGUCUCCCCACACUUCCUUGAGAGCCGCUGGUGUAACUUUGAACUUGAAGUGGCCCAGUCUUGGCAGCUCCUGGACAGCAAGGCCAGCCUGGUUUUAGUCGUUCUAGAAGGUGUGGACAAUGCAGUUGUGCGGCAAAAACUGGGCCUGUUCCGCUACCUGCGGAGGAACACCUAUUUGGUGUGGCGGGAUCGAGAACUGAAUCGACACAUGUUCCUCAGGCAGCUGAAAUCAGCUUUGCUUGAGGGCAGAACUUGGACUGAAGAGGAACUGAAGCUAAUGUUAACCAACUAGGAUUCUACAGCUAGACCAUAGGUUCCCAAACUUAUUUGGCCUACCGCUCCCUUUCCAGAAAAAAUAUUACUCAGCGCCCUAGAAAUUAAUUUUUAAUUUUUUUAAUAGCAAAUAAACAGAUAUACACAGAUAUAUUUACCUGUGGCCAUCACCGCUCCCCUGGAUUGCUGCAGUGCCCACCAGGGGGCGGUAACACCCACUUUGGGAAUCACUAAGCUAGACCAAAUCUAUUGAAUCAAUGGGAUUUAUAUAAAUGUUAACUCUCAAAAAUUGAUUCGGUGGAUCUACUCUGGACUGAACUAUUAAUAGGAACCAAACUUAUAUCUUUUGUCCUGCUAUGCUGAGCCAGUUAUAUAAUGAAACCAUAUGUUGACCAUGUGUUGUUGUUUUUAUGUUCUGAAAAGAUUUCUGAUUGCUAGAUAUUUCUUAGCUGUCUCCUAAACUUGAUUUUUGUGGACACCACAGUAACAUCACGUUGAUGUUACAUUACUCUGUGGUUUAGUCUUGUCUCUAGGACAAUGCCCACCAAAACUUAUUGGGCUACAACCCCAAGUCUUUCUGAUCAUUGUCUAUUUAAUGUGUUCUCAAAGGCUUUCAUGGCCAGAAUCAUUGGGUUUCUGUGAGUUUACCAGGCUAUAUGGCCAAUGCUUCUGGAACAUGGCCAUACAGCCUGACAAACUCAUACCAGCCCGCUGUCUAUUUAGCUAAGGGUGGCUGUGAUGUAGAUCCCAACAAGGAUGGGAUGGGCGCAUUGGUUAUAUGUUUCUGCCAUUGCUUAACAUCUCAGGAGGGUCUAUGUGCCCUCAUUUAUCAUUGUAUGAAGGUCCAUGGGUCAUCACUUUCCGUGCCAUGAAAAGCUGUGUCCUUACCAACAUUCAUUUCAUGAGAGGCUAGGUUUGUGCAUUGGCUUGUCUUCUUAUCAAGGUCUAUGCCUGGACCAGCACUCACCAUCCCUAUAUAUGAGGUCCAGAAAAUAUUCUGUCACGGAAGUGAAAAAAAAAAGCAGUGUUCAAAGUCUUGAUUAACUUGCUUAGCCUUGGAUUUGUAAGAAAACAUCUGAUUGUAACAAAGAUAAUGUUCUGUAUUUCAGAGAUAAGCUGCGAACAGCGAAUGUUCCCCCUACCCCAAUAUAUUCCUUUAGGGUUGAAAUAGCAGGUAUAUUUAUCUGUCUAUCUAUGAUAACAACAAGAGCGGUACACCGUAAAGAGAAGAAUUUAAUUGAAAUUUACAUUCCCUCCGUGGGUAACACAUAGCCUCGAUCCAAACCUGAAAUCUUCAGCGUUAUCUCUUGUUGCUGUGUUAUUUAUUUAUUUGUUGUUGUUUUUAAUGCUACCUUCUAAGGGAUGAUCUGCUAAAUAUAUUUGAGUUUUAUUUGA